GGUGAGGGGGGUGACUGUGGCUUCAGCGAAGAUCGUGAGGGCUGUGCGUAUCAGUCGCUGCAUACACUUUCGUAAACUAAACAGUGAACAAUCGGCCACGUCUCCCUAAGUGACUGCAUUGCCCUGGCGGUAAAACUAAACGCCAUGCAGUGGGGCAGAAAACAGACGCCCGCCCUAUCGCGUAACUGAGGGACCCUGUGCUGGCGACUUUGAGCCCAUCCGCGUCGAUAUACAUCCACGUCGCCGAAAUUUCAACGCCCAUGGGGACGUCGGAGAACGUUCUCUGCAACCGCUGUGUGCAAUCCUCUCCACAUCGCUGGAAAGCAAGAUGCGCCAACAGAGCCGUCAAAAGGCUCACACUACUGGCAGCGGCCCUGUCUGUUGCGCCGGCAGCGUACUUCUUUCUUCCAUUGCUCAGCGGCAAAGCCAACAAGUACACGUGCCAAAACCGAAACCACGGAAACAUCACAGCCACCAUCCGAGCGUUCGACGCUCGGCUCGCUGGAAAGCUCCGGGAAAAUGACUCUGGCCAGGAGACGGUGUACGAGGACGACGACGCGUGGGUCCGAAUUUUGCCACACACUUACGUCUACUCGGCGUACAUGGACGAUUCGGAGCCACAGAACUGCCAGGUGCGCCUCGUCAGCGUGGUGUCGAGAGACGCCGUGAAAUAUACGUCAGUACAGUGCUGGCUGAGCGUCGGAUCGGCCAUUUUCCUGUCCGACGCGAGCCUGGAAGUCCUGCCCGAACACCACAGGCUCCCGUACGCGGCGGCAUUCUUCCUGUGCCCAGUGAAAUUCCCUUCCGAAGUGAGGAACCAGCCGAACAUGAGGGUUGCCCUCGGCACAAACUGGAACACGACUACGCCCCAGUGGUUCAAAGUGCACAACCGCCGCCAGCAUCCCCUCAGGUUUUGCUCCGUCUGCAUUCGUCCGAUGGUGGAGCUUUACAGCGCGCUGGCUUCGAUCACCGAGUUUGUAGCCUAUUACGUGUCGAUGGGCGUAGCGCAUUUUAACAUCUACCUGUGCCAGGUGCCGCGGGAAGUGGAAGUCCUGUUGUCGCACCUGCGAGACCACGGCAAGGUAGACAUCCGGCUACACCGGUGGAACCUGCCGUUGAACGACUCUUCCAUAUUGGCGUACGGUCAAAUGGCGGCUAUCCAGGACUGUCUCUACCGCUCCAGGCUGACGUCAGAGUACAUCCUUAACGUCGACUUCGACGAAUUCCUAGUCUCCAAGACGAGGAACAGGCUGACCGACGCGCUACUGGAAAUCGAAACCUCGGUCGGCAAGAACUCCUUGGGGAGCGUUUUGGUUAAGAACCAGUUUUUCUGCUAUGAGUACCCAUUCAACGCCGCUUACCUCCGCCAGAAGCCGCCAAUGCUCUCUCGUAUUCUGUUCUUCCGCGAAGCCAAUGUCUGGAAGCAUUACGAGCGCUCAAAGUACGCCGCCAGAGCAAGCGCAGUGGUCGCAGGCGGAGUGCACUUUGUCUGGAAGCACGCAAAAGGUGCGAGAGAAGUUGCCAUCUCCGAGUCUGUCAUGGUCAUGCACCACUACAGGUCCUGCUGCGGCGUCGGGAAGAGCAACUUCUGGGGCACCUCGUACCCGGAGUUCUUGGGCGAAGAGGACGUGGUCGUUGACAAGUCGCUAUACGCGGUUUCUGCGAGGCUGGUUAAUUCGGACGUAAUCGCGUCAGUCAAGGAACUGAUGGAGGAAUCAACAACCGAGCCACCCCUCUACACCGACUGACGCAUAGGAUUCCCAUGCUUGAUUUCAGGCAACCGCACGCACGCGUUGACCGCGCACGUCACCCUCCUUUGAGUCGGUCGGCGGAUGCAUACGCUGCAAGUGGAACUGUGUGCGUGGUGGUAACAAUCGGUGUUUACAGCAUAGUGUGGCACGGCGAGUGUAUUUAACGCCUUGCGACAGGCAAGCACGCCAUUUUCUUGCACGUACCAUCGGGGUUUCGCAUCAAUCUGUAUAGUACAGCCACUGUAACCUCCUGGAGCACAUUUCCCCCAGCAUUACGUCGCGGUGUAUGAAAUGGACGCCGCGACGCUGGGCGCGACACGUUUAAAAUAUCCUGCAAAGACGUCGCUUGUGAUAAACCAGGAAUCAGCGUUCUCGUUUUGUGGUGAAGCGCAGACGCGUGUGCACGAUGUUUUCGCUGUAUUUAUUUCAUCUCAUGAUCGCAUGCAAAUCAUUAUAUCGUGACCGCGAUAUCUGGGCUAUGAUUCAUGCACACAAGCGCGACGAAUUCUCAGUCUGAAAUUUGUCCGUCAGGCUCAUGUGGACACGAAUCUCAGUCAAUAAACUUUACGCCGACUAUACCGUGCCACCACUUCUCGUCCUCCAGUGCACUUUUAUUCCGUCCCCUUUCGCUCUCCAAUUCCGGCAUAAAACAGGAAGCACAGUUGUGUUCAUUCUAUCGAAUUAUCAAGCGUGAGUGUAUAGGAGGCCAGAUGGCUAGUCUCCAUCGGAUAACCGAAAAACGGCGCCAAGGUCACGUCUUUGGAAAGGAUACCUACCUAUAAUAACCUUUUAAAUGCGAAGCAUUUCUUGGCGAACAUUUGCCACUUUGACAGUAUCUAUCUAUCUAUCUAGCCGCCUAGGUCUUGAUCUUAUGGUCGUUUCGUUAACUUCGUAGGUACCAAAAUUGGCAUAGUAUGACAAGAGUGUAAGACGAACCUAAUAAGUCUUCUUUCUGGGGUUUUACGUGCCAAAACCAGUUCUGAUUAUGAGGCACGCCGUAGUGGAGGGCUCCGGAUUAAUUUUGACCACCUGGGGUUCUUUAACGUGCACUACAACGCAAGCACACGGGCGUUUUUGCAUUUCGCCUCCAUCGAAAUGCGGCCGCCGGGGCCGGGAUUCGAUCCCGCGACCUCGUGCUCAGCAGCGCAACGGCUUAGCUGACUGAGCCACCCCGGCGGGUGAACCUAAUAGGUCAUGACAUGAAUAUCAUGACGUGUUUCAUGUAGGUCAUGAAACAGUCGGCUACAUCUUGGUGUUCUCAUGGUCGUUUCGUUCAUUUGGUAUGUACCAAAAUUGGCAUAGUAUGACAAGAGUGUAUGACGAACAUAAAUGAUAGGUCAUGAAAUAAAUGUUAUGACGUGUGUCAUGUAGGUCAUGAAACAGCCCCCUACGUCUUGUUGCUCUCAUGGUCGUUUCGUUACCUCGGUAUGUAACUAGAAUGGGUUCGGACAUGGGUACUAAGUGAAGGAAACACUAAACGAUAAUGGUAGAAGUCAUAGUCAUGAGCAUGACUCAGCAAAAAUAACAAUAACUCAGCGACAAA